AAACGGACACUCAAGUGAAAUCAUGGAGAAGGCAUGUUUCUUGGUGCUCAUAUACCUGGCCACGGCCAGGGCGGCUAUAAGCGGGCUGGAUUGUUUUGAGGAUAUAUUUGGCUGCGGAGUUGGUGUGUUCGGAAGUGGGCAAGCCGAGUGUUGCACUUGCCUGGAAAACUAUCCUGAGACUGACAGUCUAUCAAUUAUUGCCCAUUGCGCCAAUCAAGAGGCCCUAGAAAGCCCUGCAACUUGCUGUCCUUGCUCUUUUAGCCUGGCUACACUUUCUGAUGGAAACGAUUUUCUGGACUGCAUCAAGCCAAGAAAUAUCAAACAGCUGGUUAAGCGCUUUGAAGGGACACGGCAGUUCAUACGCGAUGCUGUGAAAGCCUGCAAUGGGCAUUUACGUGACGACUGCGCUCCUCCUGACUUCAACAGGACACUAAGACAAAUGGUAGAUAAGGUUGACGAGGUGGAUUUCGCCAUCAGAGUUGACUGCGGAAAUAUUGAAGCGCCUCCUUGCUCGUCUGAGUCCAGUUCCGGGUCGUCCAGCAGAUAGGCUUGUUCAACCAGCCAGACAGAUCAGCAUAGACAGAUCCUUCUGAUGCCACUGAACCACGCAUCAAUGUAUGCAACAUCACAGAAAUAAAAGCAUUACCU